AUGACCAAAAUGUCAAAAGUGACAGCAAACCUAACCUCACAUUUACGUACAAACUAUGUUUAUUUCUAUUAAAAAGUAAUAAAUUACGUGACUUUGAUGUAUUAAAUUGGAUUUGUGGCAACAUUUAAUCAUGUUUGACAAAUCUGAGAUGGACCAAGUGAUUUUAGCGACCGGGGGCUACGACCACACCAUCAAAUUGUGGCACACUCAUUCCGGUAUUUGUUAUAGAACAAUGCAGCAUGCCGAAUCUCAAGUCAACGCUUUAGAAAUAACUCCCGAUAAACAACUCCUAGCAGCAGCGAGUUACCAACACAUUUACAUGUACGACUUAAACUCAAACAAUUCGAACCCCAUUGUUAAUUACGACGGAAUAACUAAAAAUGUGACUGAUGUAGGGUUCGAAGUGGACGGUAGGUGGAUGUAUUCAGGGGGCGAGGACUGCAGAGUGCGUCUGUGGGACUUGAAAUCAAAAGGUACUCAAUGUCCAAAAAUUUUCGAAGUCCAAGCUCCUGUGACCUGCGUUUGCCUUCACCCAAACCAAGUCGAGUUGUUCGUGGGCGACCAAAGCGGGAUUAUAUACAGGUGGGAUCUAAAAACCGACCACAAUGAACAACUAAUUCCUGAAAGCGACGCUAUGAUUUUGGACAUUGCGAUUGACUCUCUGGGGACCCACAUGGCGGCUGUGAACAACAAAGGCCGCUGUUACAUCUGGAGCCUCAAAUCGGGGCAAAUCGACGAACCCACCAAAAUGAACCCAAAACAUAAGUUUGACGCCCAUAAAAGACACGCAUUGAAGUGCGUAUUUAGCCCAGAUUCUAGAUAUUUAGUGACCACAUCAGCGGACCAAACCGCAAAAAUUUGGGAUACGACUGAUUUUUCCAUAAGACAGGAAUUGAAACAAGAAAAUCAGAGAUGGGUGUGGGACGCUGCCUUUAGUUCUGACUCACAAUACGUUUUUACAGCUUCCUCUGAUUGUACGGCAAAAAUAUGGAAUAUUGAGACGGGUAAGAUGGAGAAAGAGUACACAGGGCAUCAGAAAGCGGUCACAGCAUUAGCAUUUAGGGAUUGUGCAGUCUGAUUUUUUUUUAAUUUUGUUACUAAGUUGUUACGAAAAUAACGACAAAAAUUGGUUUUUAUGAUAUAUUUAAAUUAUUUGAGAAAAAUAAUACCUGUAGAUAUCUUCAGUCUCUAAUUAAGUAAAACUGACUAAUUCAAGC